UUACUCUCUCUCUCUCAUCCAUAAUUCUUUUCUUUGACCUUUCUACACGCUUUCUCUCUCUACAUAUUUCUAGGAUUUUGUUAACAAUAUUUUCUCCAUCUCCCUUCUUCUUUACUUUAUUCUCCACAUUUUGCCCCCUUUUUCUAGCUGAAUUUCAUGGCGAACGAUUUGGAAACAUCGCCGGCGGCAGCAGCAUCGACCGUCGUUGAUGAUAGCAUUGAGGAUGCUUGUAGUAUUUGUCUUGAGCCGUUUAACUCCGAUGAUCCUCCUGCUGUAACAGAUUGUAAGCAUGAAUAUCAUUUGCAGUGUAUUCUUGAAUGGUCUCAGAGAAGCAAGGAGUGCCCAAUUUGUUGGAGGGUUCUUGCAUUGAAAGACUCUGCAAGCCAAGAGCUACUAGCUGCAGUGGAGAUUGAAAGGAACAUGAGGUCAAGGAUUAAUGUGCGUCAUACUAACGAAAAUGUUGAAGCCAAUCAUGAUGCCACACAGCAGAAUGAUUCAGAUUUUGAGGAGCGAAUUAUGCGACAUUUUGCUGCUGCGACCAGUAGAGUCCGGCUUGUCAACAGAAGGAGAAGACAGGCGUCUUCAGGAAUUGGUCCUACACAGGUUGUACCGUCUGUGCCGGUAGGAGUUAGUUCAAACCAGACACAGAAUAAUGAAUCCACAGUACAGUUCCAAGGCUUUGGAUAUUUUGGGGAUGGGUCUGCUGCUUCUGCAACUUCAUCUAGUAUUAGACCUGCAUCAUCAUCAGUUCCUGCCCAUGGAAGUGAUCCUUCUAAGCUUAGCCAACCACCAACUUAUGGUCCCCAGGGGUCAAGCUCAUCCGAGUUUCUUGCAUUUUCUGAAUCUAUAAAAUCCAAAUGGUCUUCUGCUUCUGCGAGGUAUAAGGACUCAAUCUCAAAAGGUACUCGUGGUUUUAAGGAAAAAUUAUUAGCACGCAAUACCACUGUCAAGGAAUUUGGCAGAGAAGUUCAGCGUGAGAUGAGUGCUGGAAUAGCUGGCGUUUCAAGAAUGAUUGAACGACUUGAUCUUACUUCAAAACGUACUGGAGCUGCUGAGCCAUCUGCAUGUAGCAUGGGUACCUCAAACUUUCCCAGUAGAGGAGUGAGUGAGCAAGGAAAUGUGACAUUUCAAGCGCAUGAUGGUUGCAAUAAGAAUGCUACAAUUGGAGUAACUCCUACUAAUCCCUCAUUGAUCUCCAGCACCAACACAAACACCAGCACUGGCCAAAUGGAAAUUUCUCUUGGACAGAAUGGAAACUGAUGCUGCAACCCCGUUGGAGUCAGAAUAAAUGAUGCUUGAUUAUGGUCCUCUUUGUCUCUACUAUUAACUUAUAGCGUAAUUUAUAAUCUGCAAGUGAUGUACGCUUAAAAGGUCAGUUAUUGCAGUAGGUGACUGACUUGCGUCCUGCAGUUGUGGAAACCUGGAGAUUUGAUGUGCUGUUGGAGAAAUUACAGUUUGUGCUUAAGCCUUAAGGUUCAUGACCUGUUCUCUUAACACUGUAAACCUGUAGGAUAGGAAGAUUGUGGUGCUGAUAAGCCUGUGUAAUUAACCAUGUCCAUUAGCUUAAUGGAUAUUCAAGAAGGGAUGUCUUAUGGACUAUCCGUUAUUCUUCUUUAUGGUGGUAAUAUUUCUUCUUGAUUA